AUGGGGAAUUCAUCUCCUCCGUUCCUUUACGGCCACCCUGAUGCCUUCAGCUUCAAGGGCCCGACAGACAAUGCUUUCAAUCCGAAAGCCGUGACGCAGUCGAGCUGGACUCGGCCACCGCCUAAAAAGAAGCAGAAAGGACCAUUGGUUAAUUUCAACCGACAUCCAGACUCGUACUGCAAUAUUCCCGAUGGCCGCUCACGCUGGACUCCAAUGAGCCCAAGGACAAAGGGAAAGGUCCUUUAUGGUCGGAGGAUACAACUCGGUCUACGGGUUCUUUCGUUGAUUGGCGCCCUUGGCUCCUUAUUCUGCGCCAUCGUCAUCCAGAAUAUCGCGACAUCUAUUGUAUGGAUUAUUCGGGUCGCGCCCGCGAUAGCAAUUCUUCACACUGUUUAUGGCAUCUACCACCUAAGCCGCUCCCCAGUUACCAGGCCUCCGGGCUCGCAAGCCAGUUACAUGCUGUUCGCCUCAACGCUAGACUUGGGUCUAAUUCCCUUCUAUGUGUUUACGGCUUAUUUGGGAUAUAAAGAGUUUAAUGCCGAGGCGUCAUACAGUUGGAAGACGCUCUUGAGCUCUGAUCCCGAGGUCAUCAUCAAGAUUGCACAGUCGACAUUUUAUCUUGCGGUCAUCAAUGGAGGAAUUCACUUAAUAUCUCUUGUUAUAUCCGCUUUCCUCUUCAACAUCUUCCGCCAGAUUACGCGCCUACCUCCGGACCUCAACCCCCUAGAAGACAACUUGACGGCCCGUCCUCAUAAGAGGACUAAAUCGGAGAUUGCUGAGAAACAUGCCAGCAGUUCUACCCUCGAUUCCACUCACACAGUUGCGCAGCCCCUGAUUAGUGCACCUCGCACGAUUCCGUUUACGCACACGAGGGCUAGAUCUUCAGAGGACAAUACACUGCGCCCUCCUGUCGACAUGUCCAAACAAAGGGGCGGCUCGCAAACUUCUAUACCACAAAUGCCCUUCCAGUACAGAGAAAAUACCCUCGAGGAAACGUACGAGAUACCGCUGCACGACACGGAUUUUGAAGCCCGUCCUACCUCUUCAAUCCCCUCUAGUACCCCAAUGCGUCAGCCGUCUCCAGAAGUACCCACUCGAUCUCAAUGUGUUAGCCCUGCCUCAGACAACUGGGUUGCGUACUCGUCACGCUCGGCCUCUCUGGCUGAUGACGCCAAAAAUGAGGGGCAAGCUCAACGUGAACCAUCAUCCGUUUACAGCAGAUCGGAAACACCCGCAUCUGCAAAUGGCGUGGUCGACUGGAUGGGAAUUGCUCAGAAAUAUGGAUGGGAUAUCGGCGAAACCAUAUCGGAAGAUGUUCGUGGCGAGUACGAGUCUUUGGCUAUGCAUGAAUACUAUGGAAACGAGGAAGAUAACCAUAAUGUGCGCAAAAAUGGACUAUACGACCAUGACGAGGGUGACGAGCAUGAUAUUGGGGAUCACCGCAUUGAUAUCUACCAGGAUCAUGGAGAUAGCGACGAUGAAUAUACAUCGAACGCCCUCAAGGUCAAUCCUCUUGGACUGAACCCGCCAACUCCUCAGCCUAUCCUCGAUUCUUCAAACCAGCCUCAAAGAACACCUAGUCGUAUGGUCCUCGGUGAUAUUCCUAACCUAUCCCCAACACCGCCCACGCACAAAGUACCCCCUCUCGAGCGCCCCGAGAAAGAUGGACAGUUCUACGGCGAACCAGAUGUAAUGGCUACUACGGGUGCUAACUUGAAGUCCGGCAAGAAAACCAAGUCUUCUAAACGCAAGACCAAUAAGCAAAAUUCAUAUGGCGCCCUUAAGCAGCGCGAUGAAGACAGCGCAAAGGACCAUGAGACUUUUCCCGCUACUGAGCCUAGUGUGGCCGAGGGAGACCGCAAGGGCCGUGUUGUGAGUAACUCGGGCGCGAACUUUGGUCGUCGUGUGGCUCAAAGAUCAGAUUUGUCUUACGGAAAUUAUAUCGCGAACCUAGGUGUUGGAAGAAGACGCGAUGUUAGCGGAAAGAUGGCCGAGGAGGGCCGAGGCGGUAUCGAAAGCCCUAAGACCGGCAAUUCCACGCCCAGGGCUGCUGGAUGGGCUCGCUUUGCUGGACUAUGA